AUGUCGGGACGUGGCAAGGGCGGUAAAGGUCUCGGCAAGGGCGGCGCCAAGCGCCACCGCAAGGUCCUUCGCGACAACAUCCAGGGCAUCACCAAGCCCGCGAUCCGCCGACUCGCGCGCCGUGGCGGCGUCAAGCGCAUCUCGGGUCUCAUCUACGAAGAGACGCGCGGCGUGCUCAAGGUCUUCCUCGAGAACGUCAUCAAGGACUCGGUCACGUACACGGAGCACGCGCGCCGCAAGACAGUGACGGCCAUGGACGUCGUGUACGCCUUGAAGCGUCAGGGCCGCACCUUGUACGGCUUUGGCGGCUAA